UCUCUUCUCAACCAGCAUAUUUCUUUUCAACUCCAUUUUGUGUUCAUAAAAAUUCAAAAACAAACACCCUUUUAAGCCUAAACAAAGUGUUUUUCAACGAUGGAUCGGAGCCUGUUUCAUCUUCUUGACCAGGACCAAGAUUUGUCUCAAUGUAAAUGGACUUUGGUGAACGGUCCGGUCAUAGUUGGUGCUGGUCCUUCGGGGCUAGCCACUGCUGCUUGCCUACGAGAGGAAGGGGUACCCUUUGUUGUGCUUGAACGAGCCGAAUGCAUAGCCUCUUUGUGGCAGAAACGCACCUACGACAGGCUCAAGCUUCAUCUUCCCAAGAAAUUCUGUCAACUUCCGAGAUUACCUUUCCCUGAGGAUUUCCCUGAGUACCCUACAAAGAAACAGUUCAUUGAGUACCUUGAGUCAUACGCUAAGCAUUUUGAUAUCAACCCAAAGUUCAACGAGUGCGUGGAGUCAGCUAGUUAUGAUGAAACCAGUGGUUUCUGGAGGGUCAAGACCGUCUCGAACGAGGUUGAGUUCGAGUACAUUUGCCGCUGGCUUGUGGUGGCCACGGGCGAAAAUGCCGAGUGCAUCGUGCCGAAUAUCGAAGGAUUGGCCAAGUUUGGUGGUGAGGUUAUCCAUGCUUGUGAGUACAAGUCUGGGGAAAAAUUCCAGGGACAGAAAGUACUUGUUGGAUGUGGCAACUCUGGCAUGGAACUUUCUCUUGAUCUUUGCAAUCACAAUGCUUCACCAUCAAUGGUGGUUCGCAGCUCGGUUCACGUCUUGCCUAGAGAAGUUUUCGGGAACUCGACAUUCGAAAUAGCUGUUUUGAUGAUGAAAUGGCUACCCCUUUGGCUCGUUGACAAGCUGAUGUUGAUCUUGGCUUGGUUGGUGCUUGGAAACAUUGAGAAAUAUGGGCUGAAAAGGCCAUCAAUGGGACCAUUGGAACUCAAGAACACUAAAGGGAAAACCCCUGUAUUGGACAUUGGCGCUUUGGAGAAAAUCAAAUCAGGUGACAUCAAUGAUGUUCCGGGAAUCAAGUGUUUCUCGUACAAACAAGUCGAGCUCGUUAACGGCGAGAAGCUCGACAUCGACGCGGUCAUUUUGGCUACCGGAUACCGCAGCAAUGUUCCUUCUUGGCUCAAGGAAGGUGACUUCUUUUGCAAGAAUGGGUUCCCAAAGGCUCCUUUACCGCAUGGUUGGAAAGGCAAUGGUGGACUAUAUGCAGUUGGGUUCACGAGGAGAGGGCUCUCUGGUGCUGCCUCUGAUGCCAUGAGGAUUGCACAAGAUAUCGGCAAGCUAUGGAACGAUGAAACUAAACAGCACAAAAAGAUUGCCAUUGCUUGCCAGAGAAGAUGCAUUUCACAGUUGUAAAUUCUCAAUUCUCAGUGGGAAAAAAA